AUGACCGACGUAGCUGUCGUCGCCUUUCCAGCGCUGACGACGCUCAUCGGCACCGCGAUCAACGCGAGCUACUUCGCGAGCGUCGUCGACCCCAACGGGACCCACCUCGUCGACAUCGUGGUUGAAUCGACAGCCGAAUUUGCGCUGCCAACAGGGACCCUCGUCAACGUCGUGCAGAGCUUUCCGCGAUACCCGAGCUCCAUCAACCUCGCCUACGCCGGGAUCUCGCAGCUGCGCCCCGAGCUCGCGGCCGAUGACAACAACAUGUGGGUCAUGGCCACGCGACUGAAUCUGAGUCACAAUGCACUCAAGAGCAUUGCCAACGUUCACUUUCCGUCCAAAGUGGCCAUUUUGGACGUGAGCUACAACGCUUUGGGGUGUCUUGGCCGAGUGAACCCGUUGCCGAGCGUCUCGGAGAGCACGGCGCUCAAUCAGUUGUAUCUCAAAAGCAACCACAUCACGUCGCUUCUGGACGCUGAGUUUCCACCCGGACUCCAAGUCUUGGACCUCGAAGACAAUGCGAUUGAUUCGCUGACCAACGUCAAGUGGCCCGUGGCACUGGAGCGCUUGUCCUUGGCGCGCAACCGGCUUCGGAGUAGCGUCAGUGCUCGGUUUCCCGAUACGCUCUUGCACCUCAACCUCGAGGCCAACAACUUCUCGAUACUCCACGUCGCCUUGCCCCCACGGCUUAAAACACUCUCCCUCGGCGACAACCCACUUCAGUCGCUCUUUGCGACGCCGCUGCAAUUCGACCGACUCGCGCGCCUCGACAACUUGACGCUACCACAUCAAAACCUGAGCUGCAAUGCGUCCACCGAGACGCGUCUUCUCUGGAACCAAAUUCCCAUCUGCAUGAUACCCGACGCGUCGACACCCGAGAGCGCGGCAUCGCCGUCAGCGGACGCGUGGAUCUAUGCGAUCCUCGGCCUGACCUCGGCGUGCGUGGUCGUGAUAUUUGUCCUUCUCGCCUACCGCGCCAAGCACCGACGCCGCAAAGCGCUCGCCGAGAACGAAGCGGCGUAUGGAAAGCUCUCGGACACGGCCUUCCUCGUGAAAGACCUGCGCAUCGACCCGGCGCUGCGGCGGUGUCGCAUUCCCGCGAGCUGUCUCACGCGCGGCGCGCUCGUGGCCAAGGGCGGGUUUGGUGUCGUGCACGUCGCGACGCUCAACCGCAGUCCCGAGUUUGUGGACCGCACCGUUGCGCUCAAGAGUCUUCGCCCCGAGCGCGUGCACGAGCUUCGAGCUGUCCAAGCGUUUGUCGAGGAGAUCCGGCUCGGCGCCUCGCUGCGCCACGACAACAUUGUCGGGUUCAUCGGCAUCACGUUUGCGUCGGCGCAAAGCCCCACCGCGGUCCUCGAGUACAUGGCGCGCGGCGAUCUCUGGAGCGUCCUGAGCACCGACCAGCGGUUUGUGUGGGCGACGGCUGAGAACGCACCACACACACCUGGAGCGAUUCGGAGCAAGGAGGCUGUCUGCUGCGACGUCGCCCGAGGUUUGGCCUAUCUGCACAGCGAGGUGACGCCCGCCGUGAUCCACCGCGACCUCAAGUCCAAGAACGUCUUACUCAACGAGGCGUAUGUCGCCAAGCUCAGCGAUUUUGGCACAAGCCGCGAGUUUGGACCAGACGACCACGUGCUGACGGCCGAGGUGGGCACGGUGCCGUGGAUCGCGCCCGAAGUGCUCAAGGGCACGCGGUACAGCGAAAAGGCCGACAUCUACUCGUUCGGCGUCCUUCUCUCGGAGCUCGACACGCACCAAGUGCCGUACUUUAACCAGAUCGUGACGCUGCCUAUCGGCGGCAUCAACGUUACCCUCACCAAAGCCCGAAUCGCGAUGCUUGUCGCUGCCAACGAGCUCCGACCCGCGUUCUCGCGGUCGUGUCCGCCGGCGAUCUUGGCCAUCGCCACACGCUGCCUCGCGCACGAGCCCGACGAGCGGCCGACCGCACGGCAGCUUCUGUCCUCUCUGUCCUCUCUGUGCCUCGAGGGUGAAGACUAUCAUGUCGUAUAAUAUAUGUUGCGUUGACGAG